UAAAAAGCUAGGUGAAAUAAUUUAAAGCAUGGCUAAUGCCUACUUGUCAAAAUCGCCUUUGUUUGCUUCUUUCGCCCUUCGAAUUUCCGUGCCUCGAUUGUAUUGCUCGUUUUCAUCAAAACCCUUCUUCCACUUUCACAAAUUGAAAUACGCCAAAGCACUUUCGUUCCCAAAUUUCGUUGCCGUUUCUCGAAUCAUCGAUAGCAUUCAUUACAGCGACGUCGUGUAUUAGAUAAACGUUUCUGGCUUCGAAUUAGUUUUCAAUGGAAUCAGAUUUCGAGACGAACGAUACUUUUACACUGUCACAGGAUCCAUUUGAUGCCAACGACAAUGAUAAUUUGGAUGCUGAAGGGGAAAGAUGUGGAAUAUGUAUGGAUAUGGUUAUUGACAGGGGAGUAUUGGAUUGCUGUCAGCACUGGUUCUGCUUUGUAUGUAUUGACAACUGGGCUACCAUCACUAAUCUCUGCCCACUUUGCCAGAAUGAGUUUCAGUUGAUCACCUGUGUUCCAGUAUAUGACACCAUAGGGAGCAAUAAAGUCGAAGAUGGCUCAUUCUUCAGAGAUGAUGACUGGUCGAUUGAUGGGAAGAAUAACAGUUUGUCAUUUCCCUCUUACUACAUUGAUGAAAAUGCAGUUACUUGCUUGGAUGGCGAUGGAUGCAAAAUUCGAAAUGGAUUGGCAAGUAUUGAAGAAGAUUCUGGUCUUGAUACAUCAAUUGCUUGUGAUUCAUGUGAUCUAUGGUAUCAUGCCUUCUGUGUGGGAUUUGAUACUGAAGGUACAUCUGAAAGUACAUGGUUAUGCCCACGAUGCGAGGUUGAUGAAGUUUCUAAAGAAACAGAUACCAGUUCAAUAAAGGAGGCAACCCUGGAGUGUAACCCAGAUAAUAAUAACAGCGAAUGUCAUGCUGAGGAUUCCUUUUCAGGAAUAGUGUCUGUUUCCAUUGCUGAUACUGGGGAGACAGCUGUUGUUGUCUCAAUGGUUGACCGAAACAAAUGGGUUCCAGAAACAAACGAGAGAGGCCUUUGUCCUCCUGAAGUUGAUGGGGAUCGGUUGACUGAAUCAUGUAGUUUAAUGUCUGAUACUAAUAAUCAGCCGCAGGCAGCAGAGAAGACAACUUUGUCACCUAUCAUGAAGGUAGAAGAACUAGAGCUGUCCUUAUCACACUCAACUUCUAAAUCCUCCAUGCAUAAUGAUUUAAAGAAAAUAGAUAAUGGAACAAGAUGUGAGCUGAGUAGCUUUGAUGGAACCAAGUUAUUUGAUGAGUCCCAUGCCAAAACUAGUCCAUGCAAAACUGAAUCUGAUAUGGGUCUUCAUCUGGGUUUAUCGGUGGGCUCUUUUAUAACUGUCAAUGAUGUGGACACGAGCAAAACAAAAGAUCAAGCAACUGAUGCCCUGUGCUCGAGUCCUGAAGUUUUUCCUUUGAAAGGAGAUGAAAUGGAAAUCAAUGCUUGUGAGGACAGUGACAGGGUGGCUGGUAGAAAGAGGAAGCAUUUUGAUUACAGUCACGAGCAAGUUCAUACAAAAGCUGAUGAUGAAGACGCCAAGCCCGAACUAUUGGUUGAAGCUUCACAAAAGAAAAUUAGAGCAGCCGAUAGUCAAAUUAUUAGUGCUAAUGACUCGGCUGACGCUCAACUUUCUGACAAUGCUAAGAAAAGUCCUGCUAUAAAACGUUCUCCAACAAAGGAGAUUGCGGCAUCCGAUAUAAUGAAUAUAGUUAAAGGGACAAACCGUAGGCUUUCCAAGGGACUAGCUGACACUAAUGCGAGUGAAAAGUUAGCUGAAAAGAAAGGAAACAUGGCUGGAUUGAGGGUUAAAAAGAUUAUGAAAAGAGUUUCUGAUGAUGGAGAAUCAUCCUCAGUUGUCCAAAAUCUAAGGAAGGAAAUUAGAGAGGCUGUCCGCAACAAAUCCUCUAUAAGCUUUGAGGACAACCGUUUUGAUAAAAAUCUUCUUGAAGCUUUCAGGGCUGCUAUAACAGGGCCUAAAACUGAACUUGUAAAUAAGUUAUCACCUACAGCUCUGAAGGCAAAGAAGUCAAUGUUACAGAAAGGGAAAGUACGGGAAAAUCUAACUAGGAAAAUUUUCGCGACAUCCAAUGGAAGGAGAAAGCGGGCAUGGGAUAGGGAUUGUGAAAUUGAGUUUUGGAAAUAUCGUUGCAUGAGAGCUUCAAAGCCUGAAAAGGUCGAAACUUUACAAUCAGUUCUCGAUCUUUUAAGAAAAAGUUCAGAGAAUCCAGAAUCAGAGCAAACACCCAGCUGUCAGGCCAAGAAUCCAAUUCUUUCCAGAUUGUAUAUAGCAGAUACAUCUGUUUUCCCACGGAAACAGGAUGUCAAACCUUUCUCAGAGCAAACUAAACUAAAUAACCCAUCUGCAAAAGGAACAAAUCAAUCUGUUGAUAACAAGACUAUCAAAGCAACAGAGGUAAAUUAUCUCUUAUCAAAGACCAGAGUUUGUUCAUCUGAGAAAAAAGUAGAUAAGAAGAUUGUACGUGGUCCAGUUGGUAAAGUACAUUCAAGCAGUCACUCAGAAGGAACAUCGGUUUCAUCUUCAGCCAGUGCCAACGUUGGCACAAAGGAGUCAGGCCUUAAAUCUGAUUCUGUAAAAGGUGAUAAAAGAAAAUGGGCUUUGGAGGUUCUUGCGAGGAAAACAGCUGUUGGAAGCAAGAGCACAUCAAAUGAAAGUCAGGAAGAAGAUGCAAUUUUUAAAGGAAAUUAUCCUUUGCUUGCCCAAUUACCAACUAAUAUGAGACCAGUGUUGGCACCUUGUCGCCACAAUAAAAUUCCUGUAUCUGUGAGGCAGGCACAGCUUUACCGCCUGACAGAACGCUUAUUGAAGAACGCAAAUCUGCCAAUCAUUCGCAGAACUGCAGACACAGAAUUGGCUGUUGCAGAUGCAAUUAAUAUUGAAAAGGAGGUUGCUGACAGAUCCAACAGCAAACCAGUGUAUCUGAAUCUUUGUUCACAAGAGCUAUUGCAUCGCACAAAUAACAAAAAAUCGAAUGCAGACACUGACAAGACUCCACCAACCUCGUCACCAGUGCAUACUGAUCAACCAGAACUAAAUACUGAUGAUAUGUCGACUGACCCUGACGUUCAAAUAGCGUUGAAAAAUGCUGGUCUGUUGUCUGAUUCGCCACCAAGCAGUCCAUAUAAGGAUAAUGAAAUAUGUAAUGAAAAUGAAGUGUCAGGGCCCAAGGAUAUACUUGAACUAGAUUCUAAUCCUGAGCUGGAUAUUUAUGGUGAUUUUGAGUAUGAUUUGGAAGAUGAUGAUUACAUAUGUGCUAGUGUUACAAAGGUCCCAAAUCUAAAACAAGAGCAAAGUGAACCAAAAGUGAAACUUGUUUUCUCCACAACGAGCUUGAAGAAAACAAAUAAUGAUUUGGAUUGUGCAGACUGUAAGGGGUCUGAAAACAAUGAAGUGCCAGGAGAUACCUCUUGCUCCCCAGAUUGUCAAAGUGAUGUAGUCCACAGGGAUUCUACCAAUGAUGCAGAGAUUGGCCAUCCUUCGGUUUCUUCUGGGCUUCUACCAUGUGAGGAUAGUGUUGAUCCAGCUGAUUCAGAAUUUGAAGAAUUAUAUGGCCCUGAUAAAGAACCACUUAUAAAAAAGUUUCCAGAUGGUGAAUUACGAUCAGUACAUGGAGAGGGCAAGACUGAAUUUCAAAGUGAGAAUAAUAAUUUCCAUAAGGACGAAGAACAUGUCUUAGACAAAGCAGUAAAUGGUGCUGAAUUAGGGAAUGACAAAUCUUCUAAUAUAUCUGGGACUAAUGAGAAUAUUCAAAGGAAGAAAGAGAAAUCUGACAUCCCUGCCCAACAGUCUAACAAUGAAAAUCCAAUAGCAAAGAAGGUAGAAGCCUACAUCAAGGAGCAUAUCAGGCCACUGUGCAAGAGUGGCGUGAUUACGGCGGAGCAGUACAGGUGGGCUGUUGCAAAAACAACCGAAAAGGUUAUGAAAUAUCAUUGCAAAUCAAAGAAUGCGAAUUUCCUCAUAAAGGAAGGUGAGAAGGUAAAGAAACUUGCAGAGCAGUAUGUUGAAGCAGCCCAAGAGAAUAGAAAAAAUUGAUUCCUAUAGCAUCAGUUCAUCCUCAACAAGUUUUCUCGAGCUAUUGUUAGUUCACCUUUUUGUUAGGUGUGUCAUUGCUCACUGUUUUAGAAACUUUGACCGGGUUGCUGUGCAUAUAUGUUGGAUUUUGCACCAUGAAAAUGGUGCUACAUUGCAUACAAUGGAGUUUGAUUCUGAGAAAGAGUACUCAGGGAAAGUGUACUAUGGACUGGAGUGUGAUUCUUUCGCACAUUCUUAGAAAAGAGAAUUACUGUGCAUAUUAUUUUAGCUAAAAGGGGAGGUACUCAAAGUGAAAGGAUGAAGAUUGCAGACAUUCCUCAUCACGAACUCUAGUUUCCUAUUGGCAGAUUCUAUGGGGGUGGAAUUCCAUCGAUCAUAGUUAUGUUUUAUUUGUAGUUGUUACAGUGUAUAUGUAAUGUAAUAAAAUCCUAUAACAAGCACACCCAGAAUGAAAUGAAGUAUUCUGUAUCGCUGUAACUGGUUUAUAAUGUAAUAGUGCAAUGAUAGAAAAAAGUCCUAUGCGUGCUGUACCAAGGAGAAGGAACACUUCCAGAAAUAAAAAUAUUUGCUUAAAAUUUCUUGAA